UCAGCUCCACCCUCAGUUUGCUUCCUCAUUCCUCAGGAGUCUUCUUAUAGCUGGCCCAGCAAUGCCAAAGAAUGCUCUGGUGACUCUCAGAUAUGGGCCUUAUCGAAGCUGUGGGGUGGUGGAGCACAGGACUUUUCGCCUGGAGGGCAUGCAAGCUGUGUUAAAAGAAGACGGGCAUCAAAUUGUUCUCGAGCAAAUUCCCGAUUGGAAUGAUGUGCAGCUGAUCGUGAAUGGAGAGACCGUCUUCCAGUGCAACAUUAAUGAUUUAGAUUUUGGAGGAGAUGGAAAGUUGGACCCUCUUUGCCAAGAAGCUCGAGAGGCAGUCUUAAAAGCCUACUGAAGUUUUGUUGUGUUUUGUUUUUUUUAAAAGCUCAUUUCUCACGAAGGAAGGCUCCUUUUCUACCUUGAUGCCAAAACAGUACUAUCUCCAAUUCACAAAUCACUUUUCUGUUUUAUAUCUAAUUCUUUAGAGCCUUUUUGUCCUUGUGCUUUUCUAUGCUCAUCUUGAUCUUUUGAAGUGUUCCUCACCUUCUUGAACCAUCCCCGUGACCACAGGGGGAGAGGGAUGAUCCAAGCUGCAUUGCAUUCCUUAGUCCUGUGUUGAAGCCUCCCGAGAACCACCUUUCUACUCCAUUCCUCUGAAUAGAGAGUAUAGAGAGAGCUGUUUGCUACGAGAUGGGUGGCAAAUAAAUUCAAUAACACAUAAAUAAAAUAAGACGAUUGCAUCCCGCUCCCUCAAGUACUUGAAAGAUUCGAAGUCACCAGUUUCUCAUAUCAAUCCAAAACAAUUGUAUUCUAGGUAGCAGAGAUUCAUAUAGUAUAACAUUUAACUAUAGGAAGGAAGACUUCCAGUACUAUAUUCCACAUAACAAUCUCUCCUGAAUAUGACAAUAAAAUCACUUGUUUUAUCUCCUA